ACUAUAAUUACCGAUAAUUUAAUUUACCGAUAAUUCAAUUUUGUGGCCAUUACUACACACACACACACACACACACCCGGCGGGAAAAAUGACUACCACUACCACUGCCAUCACCGUAAGCCGCGAACCCGAGUGUACAGUUUGGUGCCGUAGUGGCCAACACGCCGACCAACUGUUAGCGGCUAUUACCGGCCGUCCCGAACCUGGCGACCGAUUGCAAACCUAUUGUCGAUCUGUUUGCCACAAUUUUCCUGUUAUUGCCGACAAGUUUGGCCGGACAGCCCUACACGCGGCCGCAUCGUGCGGUUGCUUGCGGUUUUGCGAAUGGCUAGUGGACAAGUGUGGCGCCGAUCUCGACGGCAAAGACUACGAGUCCGGCUGGACGGCACUGCAUCGGGCCUUGUAUUACGGCCAGAUUGGUUGCGCCAAACUGCUGGUCGACUACGGAGCCAGUCUGACGCUAACCGAUCGUGACCACUAUAGUCCGCUGGAGCUACUGAUGCUGGACCGGGCGCCGUGGAUCGAGUAUACCCGACGGGAGCCGUGCGACUGUUACGUUUGGGGCGCCAACGAUAACUUCAAUCUGGGUGUCGACAGUAGCAAACAGUCGCGAUCGCUGCCCGAUAUGGUUACCGCUUUCAAACGGGACGGCGUCUACAUUCGCGAUGCAGUUCUACGAAAAUUUCAUUCGCUGUUUCUGACCAACGACGGCAAAGUCUACAGUUGCGGUCACGGACACGGCGGCCGACUUGGACUCGAAUCGGAAGAUUUGUCGAUUACGCCCCGCCUGGUGACCAUAGCCCCGAACGACCGGACUGCACGCUGCGAAUCGCUGGCCUCUGGCCAAGAUCAUUUUGUAUUGCUGGUCAAACACGGCUCCGAUGCCAGCGGUCAUGUCUAUACGUGCGGUAACAAUAUGUAUCAUCAGCUUGGUCAAGUACCGGCACCCGAAAAACUACUGUCCCCGCAGAUAAUAUCGAUGCGUACACUGAAAUUGGGCGCCCACUACAAGAUGGGCGCCAUAAUCGGUGUCGGAGCCGGUCGUUAUCAUUCGCUGUUCUACACGACUGGCGGCGAACUGUUUACAUUCGGCCUGAAUGUCGGCCAAAUUGGUCAUCCCCGUGGCGAACGCUUGCAAACCGUACCGCACAAAGUAUCGGCUUUCGAUUUCAAGGACAGCGGUACCCGAUUCGAUCACGUAGUGACCAGUGACGGUGCUAUUGUCUGUGCGACCAAUCGCGGCGACGUCUAUGUACUGCACGAGUAUCAGUGCCGCAAAGUAGCCUCAAAACAGCUGGAUAUACAACAACUGUGUGUAGUUGGCGGCCAUCUCGACGAACGGCCAGACGUGGCAUCGAUUCUCGAUGUAUCCAAAGUUGAACUACAGAUUAUGAUACUAACAAAAAUGCGUAAACUAUAUCUCUGGAAGGGCUCGGAUCCCGUACUCGUUCGAUGUCUACUAAACUAUGGUCGCGAACUGUCGGCCACUCAUAUCAGUCUCAGUUCAUCGGCAGUCGGUAUUGUUACCAAAGAUGGCGAAGUAUUUUUCGGUAGUGUCGCGAAUCGCAAAUCAACGACAAAAAACUCGGACACGAAAAAUAAGUCAGUGUUGUCGUCGUCACCGUCGAUGAUGGCAUUAUCGUCAACAACAACAACAACAACACCGCCGCCUCAAUCGAUGACAAAGUCUUCGUCCGCCGGCAGCGGUGGCGGCGGCAAAGGAAACGCACUUCAGGUCAAAUCGUUUGUCACUUUUGUCGACCGUAACGAGUGUCACACCAUUAAAGUCCGUAAACAACGUUAUCUGCAUCGAUGUGUUGCCAUUUUCACCGACAACAAAAACCAGAAUUUUGCCGCACUUCAGGCAUCGCCGAAAAUUGGUGUCCUCGAAACGGCCAGCAAACCCGAUUCGCGGCUGACAACCGAUAUGAAACUUUUGUUCGACACUAGCGAUGUUAGCGACAAUAUUCACGAUCUGGUGGUCAAAGUUGGUAACAGACAAUACUAUUGUCAUAAAUUUAUUUUGGCCACUCGUUGCGAGUAUUUUCGCCGAAAAUUGGCCGCCGCCGCCGCUGCCGAUGCGGACACCAAUGUCAUCACUAUUGAAUCAAACGUUAUAUCAUCGGUUGAUGCGUUUGAUCAGAUAAUUCGUUUUAUUUAUUAUAAUUCAAACGAUUUGUUUGAAAACGGCCGCCAAAUCGCUUGUUUGCCACCACCGGCAGCGGCUGACAUCAUGGCCAGCAGUGGCGGUGAUAAUAACCAUAAUAAUAAUAAUAACAAGAAUAAGAAGAAUACAAAUAAGACUAAUAAUAAUAAUAAUAAUAAAAAUAAAAAGGAUGUCAUCAACAGUGGCCAAGAGUUUUUGAAUUCGGUAAAAGAAUCGGCCAAACGAUUGGGCGUCAAUUGGCUGUAUCAGUGGCUAAAGCAGUCGGGCGUCAAAAUUGUCGACCAAAACAAAGUCAAAGUAAUCGAUAAAUGUCGGCCACCGAAGUUGACAUUUGACCGAAACAAAUACGACGAAUUAACUGAUAUUGUCAUCCAAUCAUCCGAUGGCAUUGAAUACAAGUGUCACAAAUGUAUUCUGAUGUCACGUCUGGAGUAUUUCAGGGGUAUGUUGAGCUCGGGUUGGAUCGAAACAUCGGCCAACCGGCCCCUGUCGUUGCCACUGUCGUCCCGAAUUAUGGACAUAAUCAUCGACUAUGUCUAUCGGGACGAGUCAUCAUCGAAAUUGGAUCGUAUCGAUGAUCCCGACUUUAUAUUCCAGGUGUUGGUCACUGCCGACCAGUACCUGAUUCCCGGUCUCAAGUCGUACUGCGAAUAUGUUUUGGUAAACCUGUUGACACUGAAGAAUACAUGCGAACUGUUGGAGUUGUCCUACAUCUACAGCGCCGACCAAUUGAAAAGGUGUUCACUUGACUUUAUUUGUGUCAAUUUGGCGACACUUAUGGACAAUAAAUCGCUGGAUGUCCUGAGCGACGAAGCCAUGGCUGAUCUCACUGAAUGCUAUCAAACUAUGAUCACUCGACCGCGCAAUCGGCGCUUCAAUAGAUACUCGACUGCACCGAAUGCCGAACAGUUUGAAGAAAUCUAUUCGCUGUUUGACCACCAAAACGACGACGACGUCGAAGAGUUUCGCGUAAAUGUCGACGAAAGACGAGCACUAUUGGCCAAACAAAGAGCUCACGAAUUGAAACGAAAUAAAGCAAAGACGUCGUCGUCAUCAUCGCAAAGACAUCGACUGGAAUCCAGUUCGUCGGAUAUUAACGAUAAUACGGAAGAGUUGAAUACAUCAACGAAAUCACUAUCAGUUGUUAGUUCGCCAAAAGAAAAUGAAGAAAACGAAUUCAUAAAGAAAUCGAUGACACGAACUGAAGAACAACAAACCAAACAAACCGUAAAUCACGGGACAAAACAUCAAAACAUUUUUUCAACCAAAUCCAAGACAACCGUAAGUCUUGCAGAAUUUCGGACCAACUCGUUGUCCGCCAAUACCACCAACAAAAGCGGCGACAACAACAACGAGGUGUCGGUCAAACCAAAACCAACCAUCAAAUGGGGUUCACUGUCGACGGCAACUAAACCGAUGCCAUUGAGUUUCGACGACAUUAUCAAAGAAGAACAAACAAAACUGACAAAACUAUCGCCCAUUGAUAGGACACAUGCAUUGCCUAACAGUUCAACUAUCGGUAAUAAUAAUAAUAAUAAGUCGCCGACAGUUGUUCGGCAAAAACCGAUACCAAUACCGACAACGACACCGAAAAGCGGUGGUUCUUCGCACCGAAACAGUUGGUCAAAGCUGACUACAGCCACUGCCGCCGCCGCCGAUAUGGCAUUUUCAAGUGAGUCCACUCAUCAUCAUUCGCCGAAAUCAUUUGCCGAAAUGGCCGUUUCGCCGCCAAAACCUGGCGGCAGCAGUAACAGUGGCUUUAAUCCAUGGAUACGUAUGUCAACCGGCACUUCGCCAGUCGCCGCCGCCGCCACCACCGCUGCCGUCUCCUCAACCACUACUGCAACUAAACAACAGUUAUUUAUGAAUAACUUUCCCGAAAUUCAGACCAUAUCGAUGGUAGACAUUGUACGCGAAGAAGAGAGACAAUUGGAAAAUCUUAGAGCACUUCAACUGAAACCGUUGGACGUGAUUAGCAUUGAAGACAAAGCUUUAGAUGAACUGUUCGACUAUUAUGGCGGUGCCGACAAUCCCGAUGAAUGUAUACGCGUUGAACGCGUGUCGACACUCGUGGCCGCACCUGUUUGGAGUCGUUAAGCGUAGAGAGAGAGAGAGAGAGAGAGAGAGAGAGAGAGAGAGAGAGAGCUAAUAGAUAUUGAUUUAAUUUAAAUAAUACAUUAAUAUUAAUACAUUUAUAACUAUUGUAUGUGUGUUUUGUGU